AUGGAUUCUCAACGUCAUAAUAGAAUGAGAAUGAAUGUGCAACGUGAUAGACUAAGCAGCUUGCCAAACGACCUCAUCUAUAAAAUCCUCUCUUUUUUUGUCUUAAAAGAUGUUGAAUUGAGUGUUUUGUCAUCUAGAUGGAUGUAUAUGUGGAGAUCACUGCCAUAUCUCAAUUUGGCGAGUGAGGAUUUUUCUUCAUUGCCUAAGUUCUCGAAGUUUGUCAAUAUUUGUGGAAAAUAUGGUCCUUAUCAUCCACAGAGAAUAUUGCACUAUACAAGCUCUAGCUUUGUCAAAGAACUGACUAUGACACUUGAGAAAAAGUUUGAAUUCCCUAUUGAGUCCUUAGAUUUUGUGUCUCUAGAACGUCUCACACUCAUUGGAUCUACGAGCGGUUACCCCAUUACAAUGACACCACCCAAAUACCAUUUCAUGAUUCCCCCUUUGACAACGUUGCAUCUUGAAUAUGUCACAAUGUCUGAGGAAGAUUGUGUUAGCUUUUUGUCCCUGUGUGAAAAGUUGGAGAAUAUCACCCUAAACAAUUGCAGCAUAACAGGAUCUUAUCGAUUUAUUAUUGAUCAUCCUAAACUUUAUGACCUAAAACUUGAAAAUGGAAGCUGGCAGUCCAAGGCUGUUGAUGUGAUUGCACCUCAACUUAAGAAUCUCAUCAUCAUAAAUUGUGAUGGCGAUCAUCUGAUUUCUGCACCUGAGCUUACUUCCUUGCUAUAUAAAAGUGAGCGUUCUUUGCCAGUCAUUCCGGAUAGUUUACCUUCUUUGGAGAAGGUGGAUCUCUGUGUUAGUAAUCCAGACAAGUCAGAUGCUGCUAAAAUUGUUGAUCUACUUCAACAGCUUAAAAAUGUCAAAUUUCUGACACUCAGCUUGGAAAUUAUUGAGCUUCUUUCAUCAUCAGUGGAACUAAUCUCACAUCAACCUUCUCCAUUUACCGAUUUAACAAGUUUUAAGGUGUAUCCAGAAGUAUUGUCUGAACAAGCACGCAAAGGAGUUAACAUGUCUACUGAAGUCAAAAACUAUUUGUUAGAUAGCUCUCCAAAUGCCACCUUGACAUUAAUUUCACGUGAGGAUGUUAGAGCAAUGAAGGAUAGCACAAAACUUAAUGGCAGACCUAAGGAUGGCCAAAAGAGAGUGAUACAUAAGCCAGGGAGGGUAUUGUCAGAGAACCAGAGGGGACAACCAGGAAGAAAACUGCCAAUUGACGUUUGCAAAAAAUUGGCUAGUGCUAGGGACCAUUUGGAAGAUCUUAAUUAUCAGGUUCAGAUCGGGAGAACAAAGACUUGUCGUAUCAUGUCACACUUGCAACGUAUUGAAGAUUUACUCACAAAGGUACCAGCAUCAAAGAGGGAUAAACUGGAAGCACGUUUCUCUGGUUUGUGCAUAGAAGCAAACACUGUCUUGAAUAAAGUUAUUGAUCGUAUGAAGGUCCAAUGGGAUACGAGUGAAGGCCGUUUAAGAGACUGUUUUCAUGUUCUUGCUCCAGCAGUGCAGCCAUCUUCUUAGUGGUUCUCAUCUUUUGUUAUUUACCCCAAUAUUUUAGUAAAGCCUUUAAGAUUUUUCGCACUUAUGUACUACUUGGC